UCCAGCAGGUCUGGUGAGUCCAGUCCGAAGAUUCUGGACUUGGUCAGUGCUCAGUUUGCAGCCUCAGCAGUGAUCAGUGCUCUGCCUCCUUCUUGUGGUCACAAACUGCACAACACACACGGAGUCCGCCACCCCUCAGGUCCCUCCAGUCCUCCUUACUCCUCCACUCUCAGCAAGGCUGGGCUGUCAGCUCGGGGGACACUCUCCUCCUCCCACCCUCGGUCCCUCCCCCUCCAGAGGAGUCAGGUGGGAGCCGUUGGCCCUGCCCACCCCCACACUGCUCGAAGCUCCGCCCCCACAACAUCUGCCUUAAAGCUGGCUGCCGCCAGGUAAACAUCAACACACACACCU